AUUCUUGCGAGGUAUAACUUAUUCUUGCUGGCGGAACGGAGGUCAGGCCACCAACCCUAAUCUCUUGAGUGGUUCAUUCUAAAGAAAUAGACUCUUGAGAGGGAGUAAAUAUGACACUAGCUAAAUGUAAUAAUAGCGCCUUCAUAUGCUAACAAAUAGUACUGUUGUUUAUAACAAAGCUAUUACACCAUGAAGUUGCUUCAUAAAGAUAUCGAAAAAGACAAUGCCGGUCAGGUGACACUGAUGCCGGAAGAGGCCGAGGACAUGUGGCACACCUACAACUUACUGCAGAUCGGUGACAGUCUUAUGGCCUCCACUAUUAGAAAGGUGCAGACUGAGUCUUCCACGGGCAGCGUGGGGAGCUCGAGAGUGCGCACCACCCUGUGUGUGUGUGUGGAUACUAUUGACUUUGACUCACAGGCCUGCCAGCUGAGGGUGAAGGGAACCAACAUCCAGGAGAAUCAAUAUGUGAAGAUGGGGGCUUACCACACCAUUGAGUUGGAGUUAAACAGGAAGUUCACACUUGCCAAAAAGAUCUGGGAUAGUGUCGUCCUCGAUAGGAUCGAGCAGGCGUGUGACCCCACCCAGAAGGCAGACGUAGCGGCCGUGGUGAUGCAGGAGGGUCUGGCCAACCUGGUACUGGUGACCCCUGCUAUGACCCUACUAAGGGCCAAGGUGGAGGUGACCAUUCCUCGCAAGAGGAGAGGCAGCUGCACCCAGCACGAGAAGGCCCUGGAUAGGUUCUAUGAGGCAGUGAUGCAGGGGAUCCUCAGACAUAUCAACUUUGACGUGGUGAAGUGUAUACUGGUGGCCAGUCCAGGGUUUGUGAAGGACCAGUUCAUGGCCUACCUCUUCAGGGAGGCAGUCCGACAAGACUCCAAGAUUCUGCUGGAGAAUAGGCCCAAGUUCAUGUUAGUCCACUCCUCCUCGGGACACAAAUACUCCCUAAAAGAGAUUCUAUGCGAUCCAGCUGUCACAGCUAGAUUGUCUGAUACCAAGGCAGCAGGGGAGGUGAAAGCCCUGGAGGACUUCUACAAGAUGCUACAACAUGAGCCCGACAGAGCCUUCUAUGGGUUGGCUCACGUGGAGAAAGCUUCCGAAGCACUGGCUAUUGACAUCUUGUUGAUUAGCGAUAACCUCUUCAGGCACCAGGAUGUGACCACACGGAGUAGAUACGUACGGCUGGUGGACAACGUGAGAGACAAUGGUGGAACCGUGAGAAUAUUUUCAAGCCUUCAUGUAUCUGGAGAACAGUUGACCCAGCUCAGUGGAGUGGCGGCCAUCUUGCGUUUCCCCAUCGCUGAUCUAUCGGAGCCUGAGGAUGACAGCAGCUCUGAUGAAGAAUAAAUUACACACUGCAACAGAGAAAUUAGACCUGGGGGUACUCUUAGUCUGCAAAACUGAGAGGAACACAGCGCAAAGUUGCAAGAAGAAAUAGUGCAUAAAGUGCAAAACCUGUCCAUUAUUGCUUUAUCAUCAUACUCACAGAAUUUGACAUGCUGGUGCUUUUGGGUUUAAGGUGCAGUACAAGUAGAAGUGGUACCAAUGCUAAGCCUGAAAGAUAAACUCUGGUUUACAUUAAUGCUAUGGUUAAGCCUGUAAUUUGUUUGGUGCCAAGUCUGAAUAAAACACAAAUAAUAAUAAAUACACAGAAAAUGCAAACCUGAUUGAUCUGGAUAUAAAAUGCUAGUACAGUGUAUUAAUAUUGAUAAAACAUGUAUAAUUAAUUUCUAAUGAGAGUUUUGCAUCUACAUUUUUCUUUUUGAGUGUGUGUGUGUAUAUAUAUCUCUUUCUUGCAAUAAAACCGCCAAAGCUUA